GUCGAACUCUCGCGGGGGAGGGGCGGGGCCGUGUGCACGAGGCUCCCGCGCGCAGUGACCUCCUCCACCACCACCACCUCAUCCUCCUCAUCACUUGCUGCUGCUGCUGUUGUGCGCGGGAGACCGUAAGAGAGGGCGGCAGAGAGAGAGAGGAGCAAAAGAGGGGAGCAGCAAGCAGCCGCACGCGCUCUGUUGUACUGUGCUCCUAGGAGCCCCGCGGCGCAUGUGCACGCGCGGCACACGCUCGGCCACCUCGGGGAUUGAGGCGGCGUGGCGUUGCGGGGGGCGGGGUAGUGGUGGUGGUGGUGGUCAAUUCAGGUCAGGGCUAGGUCAGGGCUGGGGUCAGGUGUAAGUGGGGGGGUGGUGGUGUGAAGCGAGCCAGGCUGGAGGAGGUGAGGGCCACCACGACGGCGGCGGCGGCGGCGAUGAUGAUGAUGGCGGACAAGACGCGAAGUGUCGCCGCGGGCCCCGGCGCCAAACCCGUGCCCAUGAACCUGUACGCGGCGUGGGAGGUGGACCGCGCCUCGCCCAGCUGCGUGCCACGGCUGUGCAGCCUCACGCUGAAAAAGCUCAUCGUCCUAAAAGAACUGGACAAAGACCUCAACUCCGUCGUCAUCGCUGUCAAAAUGCAGGGUUCCAAGCGUGUAUUGCGAUCAAAUGAAAUUCCACUGCCACCAAAUGAGACUGAUCUGCAGCUGUCUUUCUCACUUCAGUACCCCCACUUUUUAAAGCGCGAGGGGAACAAACUGCAAGUUAUGUUGCAGAGGCGGAAACGAUACAAAAACCGAACUAUUCUUGGAUACAAGACGCUUGCAGUCGGGGUCAUUAACAUGUCGGAGGUAAUGCAGUGCCCCACGGAUGGGCGGCAGAUGCUGAGUCUGCACAGCAGCCUGAAAGAACAGACAGCGCGCGUGGCCGAGAUUGCAAUCUUCUCGCUGUCCAGCCAGCCCAUCGACCACGAGGACGGUGGGCUGCAGGCAGCACCAAAACGCAAGUCCCUUGAGCGCUCGCCAGACAUGUACAACUUCUCGGAGGAUGAGUAUGAAAGCUUCUCUUCGGAGCAAGAGGGCAGCGAUGAGCAUGCGCCGGAUUUGUACGAUGAGGAUGAUGAUAUCCGAAAGCCUAAACCGAGACGGAAAAACCAGCCCACGUCAAUGGCACGGCAACAAAACUUCAAACAGAAGUUCACAGCUUUACUCAGGCGAUUUAAGGUCACUGAUGAGGUCCUGGACUCGGAGCCUGACCCACAUCCCCAAGAGGUGGAAGACCUGGACUUCCUCUACAAGAGUCUGGACGUGUACAACCCCAGCGACAGUGGGCCUGAGAUGGAGGAGGAUGAGAGCCUUAUGAGCACACCAAAGCCUAAGCUCAAACCCUUUUUCGAAGGCAUGUCUCACUCGAGCUCGCAGACGGAGCUGGGCAGUGUACAAAGCCUGCGCAGCCAGACACGCGAGUCUGUGAGUCCAGUAGAUGGAGAGAGACCUAAGCCUUCCAUUAGCAGGCAUCAGUUGGGAGAAACCAUCGCAGAAAGCAUUUCCAUGGAGGGCGAGGAGAGGGAAGGCAGUGUGUUUGAAAUGAGCCUUCGGGAAGUUGGAAUAGACCGUCUUCCCCCUUCUGCUAAAAUCAGCAAAACCGAGUCGCUCAUCAUCUCAUCAUCCCCAAGCAUGAGGUCCAACGUUCCUGAAGAUGCUCCCAGUGCAUGGGGUGAAACAUCAGACAUCGUGCCAAACAACACACGCAAGGUGGAGUUAAAGCAACAGAGGCGAGCGCGCAGCACGUCCUUGCGGGAGCGCCCGUCGGAGCGCGGUUUGCCAGAGAGGGGUGACUCGGAGAGGUCCCCAGAGUCCCUGCACGCCUCACAGACGCCCAGAAAAACUGUGUACGAUCAACUCAAUCAGAUCUUGAGUUCCGAGGAUCAACUUCCAGAGAGCAUCAUCCUGGUCAGCACGUCUGACUGGCAGGGACAGUAUGUGGCAGAGUGCCUGCAGGAGAGGGGCCAGCCUGUGGUCUGCACCUGCUCCUCUGCUGAUGUGCAAGCCGCCUUCAGCAACAUCGUCUCUCGCGUGCAGCGCUUUUGUAACACGAACGCACAGACGCCUCACCCGAUCCGACUGGCAGUGGCGGGCGGGCAGAGUUACCUGAGUUAUGUGUUACGGCACUUUGUGGAACAGCUGUCAAACAAGACGCCCGACUGGCUCAGCUACCUCCGCUUCCUGCUCAUCCCGCUCGCUCCCCACCCACUUGCCAAGUACCUGGCCACCAUUGAUGGCAAAUACGGCAACGCUUUCAUGGACGCGUCAUGGAGGGAAUUGUUCAGUCGCGCCGAGGCUCCCAUCACAGAGCCGCUGGACGUGGCGUCGCGCGUCCUGCAGUUUGUAAGUGGAGCUGUGGUCACGCACCAGCUGCCAAUUGCCGAGGCCAUGCUCACGUACAAGCAAAAGAGCCCAGAUGAAGAUUCUUGCCAGAAGUUUAUUCCCUUUGUCAGUGUUGUGGUUGUCGGAAUAGUGGAACACUCUUUGCCCGGAUCAGGCGAUUCGGACGAUGGGAUGCUCGCCACUCCAAGUUCAACGGCCCUCACCUGUACUCCUCCCUCCACGGGCUCUGCGGGCAGUGGGCCCACACUCGGCCCAAGCCAGGGAGUGCCAGCGCGAGAGGUGGUAGCUACUCCGCCCUCGUCCCCGUCCGUCACCAGUGGACUGACUGCCUCGGGCGCAUCCGGUGGCGGUGGAUCGCAUGCAUCCAGCCCCGGCACGGAGCUCAUGGGGCUGCAAGUGGACUACUGGGCGACUCCUGCCGGCUGGCCUGCCGAGCGCAAGGCCGGUGGGGAGAAGCGCGAAGGGCCGGCCGCCAAGAAUACGCUCAAGAGCAACUUCCGCUCGCUCGUCGUGAGCCGCCUGCCGUCAAGCGGAGACAGCCUGCCCACCGCCACCAUGUCCAUGACCGUCGUCACUCAGGAGAAAAACAAGAAGGUGAUGUUUCUCACCAAAAAGCCCAAGGACAAGGAAUCUGAGCCUAAGAGUCAGGUCAUGGAGGGGAUCAACCGCCUCAUUUGCACAGCCAAGCACCAACAGACCAUGCUUAGAGUGACCAUUGACGGAGUGGAGUGGAACGAUGUGAAGUUUUUCCAGCUGGCAGCUCAGUGGUCCACGCACGUCAAGCACUUUCCUGUGGGCGUCUUCGGCUACUCCAAACCCACCUGCUAAAGAGGGGCACUGCUCCCCCGCGGAGGCUGCCCGAGUCAAAUUCAGUGUUCACCAGAACCGAAGGGACCCGGUUCAGCGUAGUCGCGGAGAUACGAGAGAGCUUAGCGACGUAAAGCUGCCUAUUUGAUGAAAGUGGCAUAGUUAGCCCAAACUCGAAGGCUUCAUCGUGGAACAUCGUCGUGGAAUGUUGUCUUCGCAUGCGAACACCUACUGCCAAAAUAACCUACUAAUUUGAGGGUGGACCAUUAUAAGCUAAAUGAGUGGCUAGUGGUUGCUUUCAAGGUUUUUUUGUGUCAAAAUAAACUCUUUUGAAAUGUACCUCCAUCAGCUUCACUCACAUCAAAGUGUCUUGGCCAAGUUAUUUCAAGGGCAGAGUGCGCAGGCUGGCGUGUAAUGUGUUUAGGUGUAUGGCACUAUAGUCUUAAGGGUUAUUUUUGUUAACACGGGCAUAUGUUGUCCCUUUGCCUUAGCAGUGUUCAA